AUGACAUUGCUGGUGGCCUCUGAGCAAACCCGUUGCCAGCUCCUUUCUUUGCCUCUCCAAGGAGCAUCUGUGAUCCGUCCUUCCAUUUUAGCCGUGUUCAUAUUAAGAAUGCCAAGAUGCUAUGAGUCAGUCUUACGAAUGUGUCAACUUGGUGAUCACUGGACAAGGUCCUCACGUUUACAGCACCAACACCUAAGUUUGAGUUUACGGAUGACUGAACAAAUCAAAAUUCUUAGUACUUGGACAAAUAUUUCACGUUUACAGCACCAACAGCUAGGAAGCCAAGGCCAGGGAGAGCUCCAGGUGCUGCAGCCUAAGGAGCCUGUGUCUGUGGCAAAGGGAGAGAAGGUCACUCUGAACUGCACAAUGACUGAUACUGGGGUACCAGGACCAGUCAAAUGGUUCAAGGGGGCGGGGCCCCAGAGGAAGGAAAUUUACAAUUUCAAAGGAGGCUCCUACCCUCGGAUAAAGGUAGUAGUCCCAUCUAGCAACACAGACUUCUCUAUCAACAUCAGCAGCAUCACUCCAGAGGACACAGGCACCUAUUACUGUGUGAAGUUCAAAAGGGGGAAUCCUGACACAGAGUUUAAAUCUGGUGGAGGCACCACGUUGUCUGUAAGCGCCAAACCUUCUCAACCCAUGGUGUUGGGCCCCUGGGAAAGAAUAAACAUUAAGCAGAUGGAGAAUUUCACCUGUAAUUCACACGGCUUUUCUCCCAAAGACAUCAGACUGAAAUGGUUUAAAAAUAAGAAUGAGAUUUCCACCUACUGGAUCAAGAUUCUCCCUGAGGGUGAUAGUACCUCCUACAAUGUUACCAGCGUUGCGCAGGUGAAACUGGAAGCCAGUGACAUCCACUCUGAGGUCAUCUGUGAAGUGGAUCACCAAACAUUACAGUCUCCUCUUCAAGGAAAAAUGAAUUUGUCAACCUUUAUCCCAGACCAAAGAGUACUACCAAGACAAGACUUUUCUGGCCUAUUCUUUGUGAUUUUCCUCCUGGGACUGAAAGUGCUAUUGUUGCUCAUUAUAGCCUGCCUUUAUAUGUAUAGACAACAAAAAAUAAGAGUUUCAAAGACUGUCCUCCCAGUCCCACACUUCUCAGCUCCAGCUCCCUAGCUUUGCUGUCCUCCUGCCUUCAGCCAGGUGCUGGCCUAGGAUUGGAAACCCAGGACAAAGCAUCCUCCACCCCACACUCUAC